AGCCAGUCAGGGCCAGGAAGCGAGCGCACGCGCAGUUGUUGCCGCCUGGCGUUGUUGCCUCCCGCCUCUUCCGGGCAGGUAGGGUGUAUGACGUCAGUCUUUGACAGGUGAGGCGGCAGUUGCCGUCCUCUGGGGAAAAUCGGGCGGAAAGAUGGCUGGAGGUGGGCGGCUGGAACCUGGACCAGGACGCGCAAAGCGGGCCUUCCCCCUCGUGUUUUUUUACAUCUCCGCCUCUUUCCUCAUUCGUGGCGCACAGACAGUACCGGAGUCGGGUUUCUGGAGCCGGACGGUGGGGCCGAACCAUAAGCCACUGCUGUUUACAAAAACAAUGUUUAACAAAACAGAUAUUGUACUUGAAGUUGUUUCAUUCAACUGUCCUGAGAAUGUAUCAUUAACAGUUGAAUGGUACCUUAGGUAUUACCCUUGUCACAAUGAAUUUAAUAACAUCAAAGAAAUACAUGACACAAGAUAUUCUAGCAGUGAUAUUCGUAAUAAUCUUGAACCUCACCCAUUAAGUCAAGGGCAAUACAUUGCACACAAGACUGAAAAUAUUGUCUGCAAUGACAAAAUUCAAGUCUUCCCAAAAUUUAAUAUGAGCCAUGAUCUUCCAAAACCAGUGGUGGUACAGACGCCAAAUAUAAAUAUGACUGGAAGCAACUCUGAUGUCAAGAUCACUGAUCACGUCCAUGCGUCUGAAGAAGACAAGACUCUUCAUUCAUUACAGAAAAGAGACCUCUCAAUUAAAAAGCAUGAUGUUAUAGCGCAAACCUGGAGAGAUGGCCCAUAUCUUUUUAUUGUCUCAAUCAAAUCUCUUGAUGAAAAAAUUGAAAGCAACUGGAAUUUAACAGUGCGAGUGUUAAUGCAAGGUUCACAUGGAUAUAUCUCAGCAACUGAAUUUCCACUGAUGGUUUUUUAUAUGGUGAUGUGCAUCCUAUACAUAAUUUAUGGCAUCUUGUGGUUGUUCUGGUCUGCGUGUUACUGGAAAGACUUAUUGAGAAUCCAGUUUUGGAUAGCUGGAGUUAUUUUUCUUGGGAUGCUGGAAAAAGCUGUUUUCUAUGCAGAAUAUCAGAACACUAAUACUCGUGGGGUAUCUGUGCAAGGUCUUCUAAUUUUUGCGGAGCUUAUUUCUGCAAUGAAAAGGACAUUGGCUCGGCUCCUUGUGAUUAUUGUAAGCUUGGGAUAUGGAAUAGUUAAACCUCGAUUGGGCACAGUAAUGCACAGAGUAAUUGGUUUGGGAGCACUGUACCUGGUUUUUGCAGCUGUCGAAGGAGUCUUGAGAAUUACAGGGGAUCGAAGAAGUGUGCCAGUUUUGGUGGCUGACAUAGUUUUAGCAUUAAUUGACUCCUGUUUUGUGUGGUUCAUAUUUGUCAGUUUAGCUCAAACAAUUAAGACUCUAAAAUUAAGGAAAAAUACAGUGAAGCUGUCGCUCUACAGACAUUUUACUAAUAUGUUGGUUUUGGCAAUAGUAGCGUCAGUUGGGUUUAUAAUAUGGACAACCAAAAAAUUCAGAUUAACAGCAUGUCAGUCAGAUUGGAUGGAACUGUGGGUUGAUGACGCUUUCUGGAGAUUCCUUUUUUCUGUCGUUCUCCUAGUCAUAAUGUUCCUCUGGAGACCAUCAGCAAAUAAUCAGAGAUAUGCAUUUACUCCGCUAAUUGAUGACCCAGAUGAUGAAAUGAAUGAGCUGGUUGGAACAAACUUUGCUGAUGGAAUAACGGUUAGAAUGUCCAAAGUGGGGAUUAAUGGUGCAGCAAAACCAGGUUCGAAUAUGGAUGAAGAUUUAAAGUGGGUGGAAGAGAACAUCCCUUCCGUUGCAGAUGUUGCACUCCCGAUGUUGCUGGAUUCAGAUGAAGAAAUAAUGACAACCAAAUAUGAAAUGUCAAAGAUGGAAUGAAGUUUUGUGCAAUGUGAGCCUGAGUUUACUGUGAAAUUCACUUUGACUCUGUGACUUCUGCAAUAUGUGGAGUCCAAGGACAAUAAAUGAAGAAAUGUUGCAGAUGACUUGAGCUGUUAAACAGGCUAUGAGAGAGAAAUGAAUGUUUGUUUACUUUGUGUGAAAUUUCACAUUCUAACUUUAUUUUUACACUUGUUUUUGAGGUAAAUAAAUGUACAAGUCCAUAUAGUAAAAUAGCUUAAUUCUGCACUGCAAACAGAUUUUGCUACAAAUCUCUUUCAAGUCAAAAAUCACAACACCAGGUUAUAGUCCAACAGGUUUAUUUGGAAGCACUAGCUUUUGGAGCACGGUUCCUUCAUCAACCACCUGAUGAAGGAGCAGUGCUCUGAAAGCUCGUGCUUCCAAAUAAACCUGUUGGACUAUAAUCUGGUGGUGUGAUUUUUAACUUUGUCCACCCCAGUCCAACAUCGGUAUCUCCCAAGUCUUCUAAAUUGAUAUCAGAACUCCAUUUUCUAUAAUUCAUCAUUUCCUCUUCCCUCUUGGAAUGAAAUGCUCCUCUGUGGGUUGCUAAUUUAGAAAUUUAUCAUUGAGACAUUAUUUAAUUAAGCUAGCCUAGGUAAAUUGCAAGAAGUAUCUUGAAAUAUUCAGUUUGCAUUAAUUUAGAAGUCUUAAGUUCAUACCCACCUAUAAAGCUGGUGUCUGUUUCUGGCAGUAUUUACCCACAGCAUACUGUGUGAAUCACUUAUACAUGCAGCUGUCUUUUGUUUUGAAUAUGGAUAUAAUGGAUGAAUAUUGCUAUAAGAACACUGGUAAAUAUAUUCUGUAAAUAAAAACAAAUGUUGUGCCCAUGCUAGAAGGAAAAUGGAUGUUAGGAAGCACCUGCAAAGUCAUGUUCUACAUUAUCUCAAUUGUACUUUGUUUUUAAAUAAUGAAAAUAUUGAUUUGUAAAUGUCUGGAUUAGUGAAGCAGAUCUGAGUGGACUAGUAAAAUGUAAAUUGACGUUGCUCAAACAUUAUUGUAAUACUGAAUUCAUCAGUCACCUAUUAGCAACACAAAACAAGUAGCCAACUGAUCUGAGGCCUUCAAUCUUUGCCUUUGCCGCAGUAACAGCACUAGCUCUUGUCAAGGUUUGCUGUUUUGGUGCAGUCAAACAAAAUAAUUCAAAUUUAAUUUCUUCCUAUGCAAGAAAGCAUUGUCCUGCUUAGAUAGGCACAAUGCUGUUAUUCCUCUUUUCAGGUCUUCGAUCCAGCUGGCUUCCUGAUCACUGAAGAGGUGAGAAACUGGUAUCUCGGGUGCUAGUGAUCCUUUUCUUUUGCUCCACUCCUCCCUCUUCUCAUUUUAUCUCUUUCUUUUACCUUAAUGAGCACUGCAACUGAGAUCAGAACUUUGUUCGGUGGGCAGUUGCAAACCUGUCCUCCCACUAUGCUACAGCACAAUGUCGCACCGUCAAGAUGUUGCCGAUAACAACUUUGUGAAUGUAUUUUAUUUAUUUUUUAAUUGCCUGCAUUUUGCCUAAUUUUUAAAACUGUGCCCUGUGGAAGAAUUACCAGCGUUCAACCAAAAGGCACAAUUCUAUUUUUGCAUCAAUUUAAUUGUGAUAAUAGGAGGACCAUUUUAAAUAGCCUCUGCUGAGUACAGUGGAAAAUCUUUAAACUGGGAAAUUAUUUUGGAUAAUUCUGCAAUAUAUUUUUAUGUCAAACCACUAAAUAUGCAAAUAAAUGGUGACAUUAAUAACAAUCUAUGAAUGUUGUAAAUGAAGUCAAACAUUGGAUGCUGGAAUUUUGAAACAAGCAAGAAACUGAAACAAAAAUAGAAAAUGCUGAUAAUAUUCAGCACAUCCAGAACUGUCUGCAGAGAGAAACCAAACUGAUGGUUGGGGGGAGGGUGGAAGAAGGAAAUUGUGUUUGGUGGUGACUUAGCACACCACCUCUACAGGCACAAUAACUUGCCAUAUUAAAAGCUAACAGGUGAGUUUUUGACCUAUUUCAGGCUUUGCCAGUGGCGUUUUGGACUAAAGUCCGCAGCCUAGUCCACUCUGGCAAACAGUUGUAUGACUGUUUGUUUGUUUUUCUUGUGAGGAGGAUGGUCUGCGAGCUACACUGUUGCACUCCAUGAUUGGUGCAUUGGGGCCCCCCAAUAUGGUCGGGAGAUCGCUACGUUAUUCACUUGCUGGGAAGCAGGUGAUCGAGCAGUUGGUGAGUUGGGUCUUUAAGUGGUUAUUAACUGAUAACUUAUUGCUCCCCACUUAAAUUGCUGAGGUGGCAAGAAGGGGGGGGGAGUUUCUGUCUAGGGCCAACUUUCUCCAUUGUAUCCCCUUGGCACUUUCCGUAUGGGAAAAUCACUCAUGUCCAUGUUUCAGUUUUUGACCUUUCUUCAGAAUUCUGAAAUGUUAACUCCAUCUCUGUCUUCGGAUGUUGACAGACCUGCUGAGUAUUUUCACCAUCAUUUUGUUAUAAAUGCUGUGUUUCUUAAAGUUAGGUUUCAGGUGAUUGCACUUUCAUUGUUGCAAACGUUCCACAAAAAAGAUUUUUCUUUUAUUAAAGGAAAUGUGCAUUUUCACUGCUUUCUCUUAAUAGUCUUAACUUGUUUAAGAACAAAUUAUACUUACAAAUUGUCUGUUUCUACUGACUACAGUAUAACAUGGUUGACCACAAUUCCACGAAAGCAAUAACCUGUAAAAUCAUGGUUUGACUCUGUAUUUUCAAAAUUAAACAUACCUAUCUCUGACAAGAUUUCAAAAUCAUGUUUUUUACUUCAUUAAAUGUAAUACAAAAACA